GGGAACCCCCUAAAGAUAGUGAGCAGCUAACAGAGUGGAAUAUGGAGGAUGAGGAGGUCGCCGAGAGCUGGGAGGAAGCCGCGGACAGUGGGGAAAUGGAGAGACGGUUAGAGGAGAAGCUACAGAUCAGUCAAAAAAAGAGACUUUCGAGUGGGAGUUCAGGUAGAUUACCAUUAAAGACAGCUAUCGUGAUUCAGGAUGACUCACUUCCAGCAGCGCCCCCUCCACAAAUCCGCAUUUUAAAGCGACCCACCAGCAAUGGUUCCUUGGGGCCAUCUAAAGCGCAGAACCGGCCCUCACCGCAAGUGAAGUCCUUAGCUCAGAGAGAAGCUGAAUAUGCAGAAGCCAGAAAAAGGAUCCUUGGCAGCGCGGAUGACACACCUCAGGAGAGACCCACCUCAGACAGGUCACCACGUGCAGGUAGCCAUACUCCGUCAGAAGAUAUGAGAUCUAACGACCAUGUUGUUCGGCAGCCAGCAGGUCCUGAUGGUACACAAGGCUUUCGCCAGCGCAGAUAGUAAUAAUGAAGGCCUGGGAAGAGUGCGCCUUUUUGUCCAGCUCCCAAUAUAAAGUUCAAAUUGCUAUUUUUUAAUCAAUAUUUAAAAUAAGGGAUAUUUAUGAAAUGAAAACCUUGUUUGCUCAUCAGGGCUCCUGAAUCACUGCAGAGUUUAAAAGGGGAUGAGCAGAGGGGGCUUUUUUUUGCCCCUUUACACUGUGAUGAGGACUUGAAGACACUGCUCACUGUGCUCCCCUAAACAAACUGCAAACGGUUUCCCUUAUUACUCCUUACUGUGACUGGUGACCUGUCUGCCAAUAGACAGCUCAUGGUUUCAAGAUAUCUGAAGAGCAGUUGUGACCCUCUCGUGACUUGAAGACGACUGGAGCAGAGAACGAUGCUAGUUACGAUGAAAUGAGAGUCAGUGAUAGAAAUGUAAAGAAAAUGGCAAAGGUCACCAGCUUUUAGCAAUAAUAUUGAGGAUAUUUUUGUUUCUUGUUUUUUUUAUCUUUUUUUUGCAUACUGCUCUUCCCAAGCUUUUGUAUUUGUCUUUUUGGUUUAUUUUAUUUUAACUUUGGCUAUUUAUGGCCCAGUCUGCUAAAUGCCAUCCAUUUUUAAUUGGGAAGUGAAUGGUGAGGGUUCUGUUUAAACAAGCCUUUUAAGUUUUGUUGUUUACAGUUAUUUUUUUAAUCGUGGGUCUUCCUUUGACUGUCCUGGUUUUUACAGAGGGAAUCAUGAUUUAGUACACACUCAAUCAAGUUGUUUUAUUUGAACUGUAAGAGUGGGAAUAUAACUUCUGUGUCAUUUAAAAUCACAUGUAUGACUCCUUUAAAUGCUUGUGGUGCUGGAAAGUAAAGGAGACAUGCAAGAGAAAGAGAAUAUCACUGGGUCCUCUGGAAUCUCUUAUCUCUUUUUAUCUGCUGUUGACAUUUUUCAUGGCUGAAGUAGGAACUCAGGUUGCUGAGGAAAUCAUAAGACAAUAAAAUAUCCAUUUGUUUUUAAUUAAGUGGUGGUGCAAUAGCUUUUGGCGAAUGCAGAUAAGAUCAUCUGUGAGUUGUCACCUUAAACUGGAGGCAUAAGUGUUGCGUCUCUGGCUCUUGCUUCACAAUGUUGACAGAAAUCCACAAUGCCAGACUGCAUGUCUUUGCUUUCUUACCUGUUUCACAUUGAAUGCUGCAAUUGUGCUGCUUCAAUUCAGCCUUUAAAAGUCAAUGUGUGUCUUUAUAAAAGCUAUAGAUGUGAUCUCUCAUCCAGUGUGCAACCAGUUCUCCUAUUUAGUAUUACUAUUAUUAACAGUCUGACAGCCUUCAAUGUUUUUGCUUGGUUUAGUUGCUUGGAAAAUGUAAUUAAUUAGGUUUAAGUAAACAAAGGUAGUGUAGUUGAACCCAGUGCCUGAAGUGCUAUUAGUUAAUGUAGAAAUCUAACCAGAUAUAAGUACUAGAAUGAAUAAAAUGAAUACUUCAGUGAACACAGUAAACUGAAAUUUUAUAAUUAUCAAACACAAAAUAGAAAUCUUUUAAAAGGACGCUCUGGUCUGAUAUCAUGUAUCAAUAUUGGGGUCAAUACUUGUUUAACUUGCUGGACCUGUAUGGAAUCUAAUUUGGCUGGCAGUACUGAUUUUUCACAUUAACACUACAGUUUGCACUGGUCAUUAAUUUUAUUUACAGCCAGACUGACCAAAGGCUAGAUUUUUAUACGUUUUUUUAGUAUAUUAUAUUUUUGUAGAAUAAAGCAACACGUGAAAUACACAAGCUUGUUCAUACUGCUUAUUGGUUGCAACAGUAUUGUUAUUGAACAGGCAAAAUGGUACUCUUUUUUAAAUUGAGAAAAAAAAAACAGUGACCACAUAAUCUAAGUGCUAAAUUUAAAGAUGGAACUGGCUUUUUAUAUAUUAUAUAUAAUUAUGUUACCGCAGUGAUUUACACCUUAAAAUAGUUCCAACUGAUUCAAACUGAUUUAUUGGUGCCAAAAUGGUGUAGCUACUAACAUCCCCACAUUGCAACAUGGGAUGGAUUACUGUAUGCACCGAGUUUUCUUGAGGAACUCAAUUUUGUGUUGGUAGGUCAUGCCCUGUGGUAGAGUAGCGGUAGAGUAGGGUCACGCGACAUUCCUGCUGUGUGCCCAUCGAUUCCAGUUAAUACAGACCCCACAACAACCUUGACCAGGAUGAAUGUUUAGCUUUUAGGAUUUUUGUUUAUUUAAGUUAUAAAACCAUAGCACAUUGUUAUUCGAAACAUUGAACAUGGAAUACAAAUUGUUUUAAUGUUUCCCACUAUUAAAUUUGCUGUUUAUUUAGACUGACAUUCAUGUCAGGAUGUCUGUCCUGGACUAGUAUUGCUGUUAGCUUUAAGGGUGUGAUACCAGGAUCAGCUUGAGAGGUAGUACACAGUAAUCUACUCACAGCAGCACUAAUGGUGAACAGUUGCUGUUUAACAACUUAACUCAAGUGCUGUAAAAAUGUCAAUUAGCCAGUGUGCAUACGUUUGGUCUAAUUCCAUCAUAUGUUAAGUUUUAAAAUAAAAAUAAUCGACAGUGAGAUUUAUGGAUGUGGUGAGGUUAUUUAUGCAAGUGGUUGGUGUGACUGGAGGAUGUUCAGGAUGGCUCGGCGACCGUGUUAUUUGCCUAAAUUAAAGGUACAUUUAAUUUUUAUCUUUUGCAAUGUGUUAAAUGCAGCAAAAGGUUUUUUUCAUGUCAUCAUGUCAACUGUUAGUGGAAUCUGCUUGACAGGUGAUAAAAAUCAGAUGUUAUGCAAAAUCUCAUUGUCCUCAGCAUUUAAGCCACCAAUAUGUCCAACACUUACUCAUUAAAUGUGGUCAGAGACCAGCCACAAUUUACACUAACCAAGCCAAAGCUAGCAUGUCCAUGUAGUGUCUGAACAGGUUAUCACAUUCUAUAGAAAAAGUUUUCUAGUAGUCUUUCAUUUUAAAAUGUACCGCUUGAAUGUUGCACUGGGCAAAAUCAAUCCUCACCUGCAUCUGAUGUGAAACAGGUCGCUGUGUAGUACAUAAAAUGUUCAUAAAUUCCCAGAUGCCAUGGGAAUAUACCCUUUAAUCUUCACAAAGCUCUGUUUAUAUUGUUAAGUUUAAAAAAAGAUUUUUGACAAACUGUGUAAAUACUUUACAAAAUGCCCAUUUAAUAAAGACUUUUUGAAAGUAAUACAACUUUAAAGCUUUACUUUUAUAUGUUUAGAAAUGUUAAAGCUAUGACUUUUGCAGAAAUGAUUACGAAUAAAGUGCUUUAAUCACAUUAAAA